AUGUUGAAUUUGUUUAACUGCAGUGGGGAUUAUUGGCGUCUCUUGCGACAAAGACUAACGCCUGCAUUUACAAACCAUAAGUUGAUUAAAAUGUUCCCGUUAAUCGUCAAGUGCGCUGAAAAACUUCAAGAAGCUGCCAAUGACGUUAUUGCGGGCGGUGGUAUAGUGGAUGCUUUUGACAUGAUGGCACGUUACUCUAUGGAAUGCAUAUGCUCCAGUGGUUUUGGCUUAGACACAGAUGUUAUGAGUGAAAGAAAUUCCCAAUUUUUGACGUUAGGCGAGAAAAUUUUCAGUAGACAAGAAUGGCAGACUCGCAUUUUGGCCAUUGGGGAAGCGAUUCCAUCUGUUUGGAUGUUCUUUAACACGUUUCAUGUCGAUCCACGUGUGAAAACGGCCUUGAUAAACCUUGUUAACCAUAUGCGUGCAAAGAGAAAUUUUAAGCCCAGUGGCCGUAACGAUUUUAUUGACUUUCUGAUGGAAUUAGAAAGUUUGGGUACAAUGAAGGGUGAAUCAUUUGAAAAGAGAAACGCUAACGGCACUCCUGUGGAAAUAGAACUAGAAAUGGAUUCAGAGGUUUUAGCAGCACAAGUAUAUAUCUUCUUUGCUGCUGGUUAUUCAACGUCCGCUAUAGCAGCAUCCACUACAUUGCAUUAUUUAGCAUUGUAUCCUGCUGUACAACAGCGAAUUCAAAAGCACAUAGAUGAAAUAUUAGUUAAACACGACGAUAAAAUAACAUAUGACUCAAUAUGUGAAAUGAGUUUAUUGGAUAUGGCUUUGAAAGAGUCCAUGAGGUUGUUCCCGCCAACUACUGCCUUUUCUAGGAUCUGUACAAAGCAAUAUACUUUUCCUGGUACCGAUAUAACUAUCGAUCCAGGUGUUAGAGUGGUCAUACCGACACAGGCGGUGUAUACUGAUGAGAAAUAUUUCGAUAAUCCAACGGAAUAUAGGCCUGAGAGGUUUCUGAGUGAAGAAGUUAAUAAGCGGCCAAAAUAUACGUAUUUACCAUUUGGUGAGGGUCAAAGGAAAUGCAUAGGUGCUCGUCUUGGAACCUUACAAUCGAUGGCGGGAGUCGCAGCCAUACUACGAAAGUUUAAUGUAGUGCCCGCGCCAACAUCUAAAAAAGAGCUGAAGAUUAAUCGAAACAUCCAUCACGUGCAAAUAGUGGAUGGGGGACUCCCCGUCAAACUAAUUGCAAGGGCAGACAAAGCUUAA